UAUUACGGCACGAGUCCCUGAGACCCGUGCGGGGAAAGUUUGAGGACCAGAUGUACUGGCGGACGAGGAAUGGGGGACGUGAAAUUUACAGUGUUCGUCUUGUGAGGGAGGAUAAAGUUCCAUCGUAUAUAAGAGGUUCUGCUGGACAUACGCGCAGUUUAUACGACCCAGAAAAUCACGGAUUUUACGGGGACGUCUCCAGAUUCCGAGUCUGCUCGGACGUCCUCAUGGACAUCUUCUGCAAGAAAUACUUGACCAAGAAUAGGGGGGGGGAGACCCAAGUAUCACGAUAGAUGCAGUGGGUGAAAGACGGAGUCCUUGCGUGCUGCCUGCGGAUGAGGUACAUUGACUAGUGAGAAUCUGCCCUCCAGUGUCGUGGGACUGAACUCUGAAGGGAACGUUGAGGUGCUCCGCGACAUGGAGUGAAACAGCAGUCGGAAAUACGAAAUACGACCUUGCCUAUGACACCCUGGUGCAUGAUAUCGGACGUUUGUGCCGCCUGCUUGAGGGGAGAACUCUAGUUAUGCAUCAGCCUGAGCGCCUCGUCACGUCUGCCAAAGUGUGGAAAAGACCGUAUGCCCGCUAGCGACGAAAGCUAACUUCUUGUCGCCCUGAUGGUUCUCCCGUGCCUGAAAUGCCAGAAUCCCAUUCCCAGGCAAGGAGCACAAUGCGUCCAACCCCUGAUUAGCAAGGAGAAAAUGCCCAGGAUACGCAUAUAUACAGGCCAUUCAGUAAGAGCAAUCGAGGAGAAUUUGACUUUGAUAAGCAGGUAGGAGGAGGACAUCAUGCAGGGAAU